GGCGGCGGCGCCAGGGAGACUGCGAGGGUUUCUGGGGCAGCUGGCCCGACCGCUGAGAGCUGCUGUCAUGGCGGCCGCUCCGUGGGGCGUCUUCUUCGUCAUGCUGCUGCUGCUAGCAGGGAAAAUCCACAGCUCGGAGGUCCACGGGGCUUCUGCGGACGGGUCGGGGGGCAUUGGGGUUGGCAUAGGAGAUCGCUUCAAGAUUGAGGGGCGUGCGGUUGUUCCAGGAGUGAAGCCUCAGGACUGGAUCUCGGCGGCCCGAGUGCUGGUAGACGGAGAAGAGCACGUCGGCUUCCUUAAGACAGAUGGGAGUUUUGUGGUUCAUGACAUACCCUCUGGAUCCUAUGUAGUGGAAGUUAUAUCUCCUGCUUAUAGGUUUGAUCCCAUCAGAGUGGACAUUACUUCAAAAGGAAAAAUGAGAGCAAGAUAUGUGAAUUACAUCAAAACAUCAGAAGUGGUUAGAUUGCCCUAUCCUCUCCAAAUGAAAUCUUCAGGUCCACCUUCUUACUUUAUUAAAAGGGAAUCAUGGGGCUGGACAGACUUUCUCAUGAACCCGAUGGUUAUGAUGAUGGUUCUUCCGUUGUUGAUAUUUGUACUUCUGCCCAAAGUGGUCAACACAAGCGAUCCUGAAAUGAGACGGGAGAUGGAGCAGUCAAUGAAUAUGCUGAAUUCCAACCAUGAAUUGCCUGAUGUUUCUGAGUUCAUGACAAGACUCUUCUCUUCAAAAUCAUCUGGCAAGUCUAGCAGCGGCAGCAGUAAAACAGGCAAAAGUGGGGCUGGGAAAAGGAGGUAGUUGGGCGGUCCAGAGCUGGCAUUUGCACAAACACGGCAACACCUGGAGGCAUUCAAGUCUUGUGGAAAACUGUGUGAAGCAACUACUGUAAACUUAAGUCAUCCUUAAAGUUGAUCUCUUAUAACUGUUGUGUGUGAUAACCCUUCAGUACAUGUUUUGGACUCGGUACACAAGAAAACCCAGCUUUCAUCCUUUGUGUGAGGUCAAUAUUGAUGUCACUGAAUUAAUUACAGUGUCCUAUAGUAAAUGACAUUAAUAAAUUAUAUGAAGUACUAUACUUAUGUAUAUUAAAAUGUUUUAACCCAGA